AUGAACCAUGAUUCAAAUUACAUUGAGAGCUUGGCAACCCAGCUGAACUUAGACACCCAAACAAUACAAAUUGCAUUAAAAAUUUCCAAAGAAUUCAACCAAAACAGCCAGAAAAUUGAGUUUUUCGACUCAUAUUUGUCAAGAGCUUCAAUCUUUUUAGCAAUGAGAAUUAACCCAGAAAAAAUCAAAGUUUCGUUAUAUAGGCUCGCAAAAGGAGUUGAUGAAACUGCUGAUUUUAUUGCAUUUUUAAAAGAUUUCUUAAAAUCAACGAACGCAGCUAAUGAUAUUCUUAUUGAAGUUGACAAAUUUUGGUUUUUUAAAAUUUUCUAUUAUUUUUAUAUAAAAUAAAUAAUAAUUUAUUUAUAAAACAAAUCAUCGAUACAAAUUUUCCUUCACAGCCAGCGUAUUCAGAAAAUUCCAAGAAAUUUGGGGACAGCUUGAACUUAAUGAGCAGCAAGGGCACUUCGGCGUCGUCGGAAUGAUAAAAGAAUUCGCUUGGAUGCUAGUUUCCUUAGGAAGACUCAUGCUUAUAACUAAUCCCUACGACAUUGUCGAGACUGCAUGCCUUAUGAUAGGUGUCCUUUAUUUCAUUUUGACAAACCUCCCAUCCACAGUCACAUAUGCAUGCCCAAACUCUUCUCUUAUUAACUAUCUUGCCUCUCUCUUAAGCGGAGACGAAGAACAAGGCACAGACUCCGCUUUGACUGUCUUAAAUUUAAUCCAAAACCUAAAAAAACAAGAAAUUCUCCGAGGAAAUGUCGAUGAGACUGAGAACUUAGAAGGCAUUUUUUCCGCUUGUCACCUUAAUCACAAUUUGCAAAAUUUAUCAAAAUUCUAUGAAAAUGAAAGCCGCUCCAGAAUAGACGAUCGAGAAUUCAUCCAAAAGCACAAAGCUAGCACCCCUGUAAAGCAGCUUCCUAAAAUCUUGAGGAAUAAAACCUUAAAUUACCAAACAGUUAACUCAAAAAGACUUAUAGCGUGGGAUAACGAUAAUGAAGAUAUUUCAUUAAAAAGCCAAUUAGAAAGCAUAAAAAGGCUGCCACCGAUGUCUCCGUUUCAGAUGGCGACUCCUAUGAGCAUGGCUAUGGAAAUGAGCAGCUGGCUCAGAGAUAUUACUAAAAAAGUCUCUGUUGAUAAUUUGCCGACUAAGCUUGCUGAAUAUUUAGCAAAUACGGAAAUUCAAAUUUCUCAAAAAGUCAAUGAGUAUAGGAAUAAAUUGGCACUUUUCUAUGACGAAACACAGAAUUGCCCUGAUAUUAGUAAAUUAUGGUGCUUUGUUUUAAUUUGCUGAGGAUUUUCACCUUUGAAAGCUCACCAGUGCUGGUGGGGAGUUACUUAGGUUACCUCAGAUUUGAAUUGCUUCAGGGCUCUGCUCGAUAAGGACCUGGAGUCUAGGACGUAAACCCGAUUUCAUGCUGAGCAACUGCUGUCUUCAGGGUCUUUAAUUCAAGUAGGGAUCGUACCUAAUUUCAGGACAGCGCCGACUGUGCUAUUUAAAACUCCAUGUCACGAGGAAAAAUCCCAUUUCCGAGGUAUCAUACCCUGCAGCACAAGAAAAGCUUCUGCCCAAAUAAAUUAAGGGAUGCCGUGCCUAUUUUCUCGACUUGGUUCGUCCUCCUAGACAUUGCCUGCAGGUGUUGAGGAAAUUGCGUCAAGAGGUCGUUUGUCUCCUCCAUAUUAAUUUAUAUGCCCUGAUAUUAUAAUGGAGUAUAUGUCUUCUUCAAAACCCAAUCAAAAGGUAGAAAUCACGAUAAGCUUAUAUUUGAAGUCCAUUGAUGGAAUGCUAACAAAUGAAGAAAAACGGCUGACUUCAAGAAACUUUGGGGUUUUACUCAACAAUGACUCUUUCCACCAAACCGCUUUGGCUUGCAGCAUUAUUUCAGUGAUUUUUUUGCAUUCGCUUACCCAUAUAACUUUCCCCCAAGUUUUAAGCUUCUGUCAAAUCGCUGGAUUUGAGUUUUGGAAGCUCAUCAAUAGCUUCGCACAAUUUGACGUAAAAUUCCCAAUUCCUCUGAAAAGGCAUUUCAAAGAAAUUGAGGUCAAAAUUUUAUCAGAGCUUGCCUGGGAACAAAACAGCCCAAUUUUUCAGUAUUUAAAAGAAUAUAUUGGAGAAAUCCAUUCUCCUAUCCCUGAAGCCCUCGACGAAAGCGAAUCUUCUGACAUCACCCCAAAAUCCCCAAAUAACGGCAUUUUUUCCGUUUUUUUCAGACGUGUUUUAUCCCAUUCCGCUCACCGAGUGCUAGAAUUAACAGAAAUUUUAGGAAUUAAUGACGAAAUCAGAGAACAUAUUUGGGAUAUUUUAAAAAUCGCCUUAUCCGAGCAUACAGAAAUUCUGCUAAAUAGGCAUUUAGACACGUUAAUUCUGUGCUGUGUAUAUUCAGUUUGUAAGCUCCAUAGCCCAAUUGAAUUUAAAAGCCUAAUUGAACAAUACACAGGAAUAUAUGGCGAUAAUCAGAAAAUAUAUAAAGAUAUAUACCAAGCUGGAGAUAUUAUAAGAUUUUAUAAUAAAUGCUUCAUACCAAGCUUCAAAGUGUUUUUGACAGGAUUAAAUCCAAUUAAACCAAGAAUUGCAGCGCUGAACCCGACGAGUCCGCUGAGAGCAAAUUUGCCCUCGCCUUUGCAAUAUUAUUCACCUUUAGGGUCACCUGGGAUGGGGUGCUCGCCGAGAUCGAAUUAUUUGACGCCCAGGACAAGAAAACUGUAUGCUUUUAAUGAGUCAAGUGAUAUUAAGCCAGGAAUUAUCCCCAAGUCAGGAAGAUUGAUAUCUUUUGAUGAUGAAAACUCAACAAGAGCUGCCCAACUUGAAGAAAUUCCAGAAAAUAUAUAA